AUGGCCUGUAAAAUCUGCGGCCCUAAAUUGUCGCUGUGUGGACUCGUUUUGAGUGUAUGGGGCAUUAUACAAUUGACUUUGAUGGGCGUCUUCUACUAUAUUGGAGCAGUAGCUCUAUUAGAAGAUCUUCCCCUUGGUGAAAAUCAUCACAGCAUCGAUGCUUUUAUAGCUGAAGUAAAGAGUGGAUACUCUCAGAAUGCUUACAACUGUUGGAUUGCUGCAUUGCUUUAUGUUAUCACAUUAGUCGUCUCUGGCCACCAAUUCUGGAUGAACAAUCGUUCUUCAGUUAGCAUG